AUGACUGUGGCAACCAUGAUGGGCAGUGCCAUAAAGAGCAUGCUGCACUGCAUCGCAGUGCUAGAGGCGUUCUACAGAUCCGUACGAUCCCAGAGGUGUUCUACAGAUCCGUACGAUCCCAGAGGUGUUCUACAGAUCCGUACGAUCCCAGAGGCGUUCUACAGAUCCAUACGAUCCCAGAGGCGUUCUACAGAUCCGUACGAUCCCAGAGGCGUUCUACAGAUCCGUACGAUCCCAGAGGUGUUCUACAGAUCCGUACGAUCCCAGAGGUUUCUACAGAUCCGUACGAUCCCAGAGGUGUUCUACAGAUCCGUACGAUCCCAGAGGUUUCUACAGAUCCGUACGAUCCCAGAGGUGUUCUACAGAUCCAGUAAUUAUUAUGCUGUGUUACAUGGAUUAACUUUGUCUUACAUUCUCGGUAUAAAUGUAAACAAACUCUCUCAAUAUGUCAAUGUGGGGGUUGAUGUCCAUCUUCCUUGUCACAAUACAGUUGAUCCAGAAGACUGCUCCUCAACUAUAUGGCUUUACUCCAGAGCUGGGAUUGAGAACGCUAUUACAGCGGUCUCUAAGACAAAGUCUCCUCAUCCACACCAGAGACAGAUCUAUUCUGUGACACUCCAGAGGAAGGACAACAACAGGAAGUGGAGGUGUCAUCUGACUGACAAGGGAAAAGUGAAGACCUCCAUUGACUAUAUUGUUUUUCUACAUUCUCAGUGGCUUGCGAAAGUAUUCACCCCCUGUAACGUUCGUCGUCUGAGGAUGAAGAUGAGGAAUCAUCGGACCAAAUCGCAGCGUGUUCUUAACCAGUCGGAGGUAAUUUGGGUAGCAGUGGUGCUUAUGGCUGUGUGUGUGGCUGCAGCUCUGAUUGUCAUCUUCAGGUGGAGGAUUAUUUUUCAGGAAAUCAGAUGUUAGUCAACACAGGAAAUGUGGUGCAAGCCAACAACAGUGAUUCCACCCGGUUCCGACCUUUUCUGCCUGCUCUGACCUCAAGUCUGCCUGCCGUCCUGUACUCAUCUGACUCUGACCUGGUUUACGAACUUCUGCCUGUCCUCGACCUGCCUCGACUGCACCUUAUCUAUAAAUAAAUAUCAGAGACUCGAACCAUCUGCCUCCUGUGUCUGCAUUUGGGUCUCGUCCUGUGUCGUUAUAACUACUGAAUUAAUACUCAUCACUACUACACAAGAUCUACACAGAACCUACUGGUUUUACUACUUGAUUGCUAUGGAAAUGUGUAGUAAACCAGUAAUAAUUUAAGUAGUAAUGAUAAAUUGGGACGUUUCACUACUGGUGAACACUACAUAUUUCCUACUCAAAUCACUACAUAAUUCUCCCUUAAUGACUACUGUGUAACUACUAAGCUUUGGGGUUCCUACUACUUAAAUCCUACACAUUCUGUCACGCCUGCUCCCACUCCCCCUCCCUGGUGCUCGAAGGUGCCAGGCUACCUGUCAUUAUACCAUCAUUACGCGCAGCAGCUGUGCUCAUUGGACUCGCCUGGACUCCUUCACUUUGUUGAUUGGCCCUGCAUAUAUGUCUGUUCCUCUGUAUUGUUCCUUUCAGUAGCAUUGUUUGUCGUGUUUUGUGUCCAGACGCUCUUGUUCCGUUGCAUGUCCUUCUAUAUUAAAUGGUUCACUCCCUGUACCUGCUUCUUAUCUCCUGCGUAGUGCGUUACACAUUCACGAUUGAAUUACUACACAAUGCCUACACAUUCAUUCUGUAUGUCUACUCAAUUCCUAUUGAAUUACUACUACCAGUGCCAUCUGUGUACGUAGUGUUGUGUCCCUACUGAAUUGCUCCUGAGACUAUUUCAUUUCCUACAGAAACCCUUUUGAAUGACUAUUGAAAACAUUCUAUUACUUUUUGCCCGCUCAAAAUCACUAUUGACAUCUUGUUUCACUACUGUGUCACUACUAGAGUAGUGCACAUGUUAUUUUAUCAAUUUUCUAAAUGUAGUUAUAUCAAAACAAGAAAUAAUAAGCUAAUACAAACUUUUGAUUUUUUUUUAAAUGUAAUUAUUACAUAUUA